AGGUGUACAGGCCAAGCCAAACGCCCUUGAACGUGGACUACUGAGGUGAAGAAGAUGAUUAUAAAGCGGAGUUGAGAUAAGAAGUGGUUAGUCUGGCACAGUCGCUGCCCCAACUGUCAUCAUGAGGUUUCUUGUGCUCACCGCGCUGUUGGGCUGUGUCCUGGCUGACACGCCCCUCAUCACCAUGUACAAGCGGUACGCAGGCCCAGAAAACAACAUGACCUUGGCACAAUGCCUCAUCGCCUGGAAGCACUUUGACAUCAACGACGAUAAGAUCAUCACUAAGAGGGAGUUCGACCACGUGUGGACCACCCUCAACCUCCCGGAGAAGACCAACGUGGCGGCUGACUUUGAGCUGAUCGACACCAACCACGACGCCCAGCUGUCCGAGGAAGAUCUUACCUACCUGUGCAAGCUCUUUGAUGAAAAUGGAGACGGUGUCAUCACGCAGAGCGAGUGGAGCUACAACUUUGCCGGACUCUUUGAACGCAACUGAGGCAGACUGGGAAACAUGCAAUAAAGUCUCUACAUACA